AAAAUAAAUCUUCAGGUCCAGAAUCACCGAAACAGAAAAGCGAAGCCAACAAAGCACACCAACUCAAAAGCACCAUCAUCUCUUAUAGUUUCUCGUUAUCCCCAAACAAACACCACCCCCACUCUCACACUCCGACCACAACCCAGAGAGAGUCUUUCUCUUUUCUCACCAAAACACACAUAAAAAAAAAAAAAAGCACCAAAAAUGGCGGCGGAGUCAGUGAGGUUGACGGCGGGGUCAGCUUCUUCUUCAAUAUGCAAUUUCAGCUUCACAGGCUCUCAAAGAAGGCCCACUAUCCCUCUCUCCCCAGCUUGCUUCAGGGGUCUCCGUCCUCGACCCUCAUGUUCUUCCACUUCCUCUUCGCAUUCUCAAUUCUUUGGGUCUGUGCGUCUCAGCUCAAAGCUCUGUUCUUUACGCCAAAGAAGCCGAAGAAACUUUUCUGUCUUUGCCAUGGCUGCAGACGAGUCAAAGCGUGUAAUACCAUUGAAAGAUUAUCGCAAUAUUGGAAUUAUGGCUCACAUAGAUGCGGGAAAAACCACUACAACUGAACGGAUUCUGUAUUAUACUGGCAGAAACUAUAAAAUAGGGGAGGUACAUGAGGGAACAGCAACCAUGGACUGGAUGGAGCAGGAACAAGAAAGAGGAAUUACCAUAACUUCUGCUGCAACAACCACAUUUUGGAACAAACAUCGGAUCAACAUAAUUGAUACCCCUGGCCAUGUUGACUUCACCCUUGAAGUGGAGCGUGCUCUCAGGGUAUUGGAUGGUGCUAUAUGCUUGUUUGACAGUGUUGCAGGAGUGGAACCUCAAUCUGAAACGGUGUGGAGGCAGGCCGAUAAGUAUGGAGUUCCCAGGAUUUGCUUUGUCAAUAAGAUGGAUCGUCUUGGCGCAAAUUUUUUCCGUACAAGAGACAUGAUUGUGACAAAUUUGGGUGCGAAACCACUGGUGAUCCAAAUUCCAAUUGGAGCAGAAGAUAAUUUUCAAGGAGUUGUUGACCUCGUGAAGAUGAAAGCUAUAAUUUGGUCUGGAGAAGAAUUGGGUGCAAAGUUUGACUAUGCUGACAUUCCAGGAGAUCUUGAGGAGCUGGCACAAGAAUACAGAUCACAGAUGAUAGAAAUCAUAGUUGAGUUGGAUGAUGAAGCCAUGGAGAGCUACCUAGAAGGAGUUGAGCCUGAUGAAGAAACAAUUAAGAAACUAAUUAGGAAGGGAACCGUCUCAAGUAGUUUUGUGCCAGUAUUAUGUGGCUCAGCCUUUAAAAACAAGGGGGUUCAACCGUUACUUGAUGCUGUUGUCGAUUAUUUACCUUCCCCACUUGAGUUACCUCCUAUGAAGGGAACAGACCCUGAGAACCCAGAGGUGAUAUUAGAGAGGGCUGCAAAUGAUGAUGAACCAUUUGCUGGACUAGCUUUCAAGAUCAUGACUGAUCCAUUUGUUGGAACCCUUUCGUUUGUGAGAGUAUAUGCAGGGAAGCUAUCGGCAGGGUCAUAUGCACUAAAUUCAAACAAAGGAAAAAAGGAGAGAAUUGGUAGACUGCUGGAAAUGCAUGCGAACAGCAGAGAGGACGUCAAGGUUGCUUUAGCAGGUGACAUUGUUGCCCUUGCAGGUCUGAAAGAUACAAUAACAGGUGAAACAUUAUGUGACCCUGAUAAUCCUAUUGUGCUUGAACGAAUGGAUUUCCCUGAUCCUGUGAUUAAAGUGGCAAUUGAACCCAAGACUAAAGCUGAUGUUGAUAAGAUGGCCACUGGUUUGAUUAAGCUUGCUCAAGAAGAUCCUUCUUUCCACUUCUCACGGGAUGAAGAGACCAACCAGACAGUUAUCGAAGGAAUGGGAGAAUUGCAUCUUGAAAUUAUUGUUGAUAGGCUUAAGAGGGAAUUCAAGGUUGAGGCAAACGUUGGAGCACCUCAAGUAAACUAUCGGGAAAGCAUUUCCAGGGUGUCAGAAGUGAAGUAUGUACACAAAAAACAGUCUGGUGGACAAGGUCAGUUUGCUGAUAUAACUGUACGAUUUGAACCCAUGGAGGCAGGGAGUGGAUACGAGUUUAAGAGUGAAAUCAAAGGAGGUGCAGUGCCAAAAGAAUAUAUUCCAGGUGUGAUGAAAGGAUUGGAGGAGUGUAUGAGUAAUGGUGUGCUUGCAGGGUUUCCUGUUGUUGACGUACGUGCCGUACUAGUAGAUGGUUCUUACCAUGAUGUCGACUCAAGUGUCUUGGCAUUCCAGCUGGCAGCUAGAGGAGCUUUUAGGGAGGGAAUAAGGAAAGCUAGCCCAAAGAUGCUCGAACCCGUAAUGAAAGUUGAAGUUGUCACACCUGAAGAACAUCUGGGAGAUGUGAUUGGUGAUCUCAACUCUAGAAGAGGCCAGAUCAACAACUUUGCUGACAAACCUGGUGGUCUGAAGGUGGUUGAUGCACUGGUUCCUCUAGCAGAGAUGUUUCAAUAUGUCAGUACACUCAGGGGGAUGACAAAAGGCCGUGCUUCUUACACCAUGCAAUUAGCCAAAUUCGACGUUGUUCCUCAGCAUAUCCAGAACCAGCUUGCUGCCAAGGAGGAAGUUGCUGCUUAAUUUUUCUUUUGCUUUUUUUUAAUUUUUUUUUUUCCCUGUUCCAAGGACAGGACGCAAUAUAAUUUUUCCCUUUUCCAUA